GAAGUCAGAACACCUCGGGAGGUGGGGCUAAUUGGGCUUGUGAAUCAGAACACGGGUCAUCCUAACAUCCUGCGGCUCCACGAGUGGUUUGAUGCCCCAGACCACUACGUGAUGGUGCUAGAGUGGCCUGACCCCUGUAAGGACCUGGUGGAUUUCUGCUACACCCAGAACAAAGUGAUGGAUGAACAGCAGGCCAGGGCAGUGAUAGACCAGCUGCUUCACGCCCUCCUGCACUGCCAGCAUGCAGGAGUGUUCCAUCGGGAUGUGAAACCAACCAACAUCCUGAUAAACACGGAGACCCUGCGUGCCAUCCUUAUUGAUUUUGGGUGUGGAACUCCCUGGACGGACACGCCUCUCAGUUCCUUUGCAGGCGCCACUGAAUUUGCACCUCCAGAGUGGUUUGUGGAGGGGCUGUACCAGGCUGGGCCCUCCACAGUGUGGUCCCUCGGGGUCACAGUGUUUGCCAUCGUUUGUGGCUACCUGCCAUUUAACCCGAACGAUGGCCAUGAGAGCCUGAGCAGAGUCCACUUCCCUACAGGGCUGUCCUCAGAAGUCAAGGACUUCAUGAACAGGUGUUUGGCACUGUAGGUGAACGAACAAGCGACGCUAGAAGAGCUCCAGCGUCACCCGUGGCUCCACCCCACCUGCUUAG